AUGGUUAGAAUUGCCAAAUUUAAGGGUACUGUACCAAUAUACCUUGCAUUUUUAACAUUCCCACUGUUGAAUUUCAAAUCGCCUACUUUCUUCACGAAAUUCAACGUACUGGGAACACUUUCUGUAUUCUAUUUGCUAGCAUUCACAGCAGCAAAACUUUUCGAGUGCGGGUUCAAUAUGGAUUUCACUGAUCGUGAAUCUAUUCAUUAUGCUAAGCCCUUCAGCUGGAAAUUUCCUGCCUUAACCGGUACGAUGACACUUUCUUACUUCAUCCACAAUGCUGUUCUUACCAUUCUUCGAAACCAACAUAAUCCAGAGCAUAAUACUCGUGAUCUUGCGAUUGGUUAUUUGUUGGCGGUGGUUUGCUAUGUUUUCAUUGGUUUCACAUUUUAUGCAGGCUUUCCUGUCUAUAGAAAUUGUAUAAGUGACAAUUUCCUCAACAAUUUUGGUCCUGGUGACAUUCUCAGCAGCACGGCACGAUUGUUCCUUCUUUUUCAAAUGAUUACGGUGUUGCCGCUGCUCAUGUUCCUGAUUAGAUCACAACUGUGUUAUGCUUUUCUUGGCAAAACAUGGCCUGGUGUUGGACUAGUGUUGUUAAUGAACUGUGGAAUUAUAUGCAUUGCAGUCGCGGUUGCCAUAUUAUAUCCAAAUGUUGGAAGCAUUCUUCGUUAUGUCGGUUCAUUUUCUGGUCUGAUGUACUUGUUCGCUUUGCCGUGUUUGGUUUACAUGAGGAAGUUGCACACGGAGGGUCGAUUGACAUCCACCAAAAAAAUUAUCCAUAUUACAAUCAUUGCUCUAGGUUUUUUGAAUUUUUGUGCCCAGUUUCUUAUAUAG